AUGAGAUCACAGUUACCCGAUGAACAAAUGGAUACUGAUGUCACUCGAACAACAACUGCAGAAACUAAUGAUUCUGCAUCGGUUGAAUUGCAAAAGCUGUAUGAAACGCUGCAUAUUUUGACAGGUGGUAUUGAGACAUUGAGCGAUGAUGGACAACAUCUCAGUAAUGAAUCACUUCAGCUUCAAAUUAAACUUCAGUCAUUGAUAGAAGAUUUCUCACAACUUAAAUUAUCAAUGGAAGAAUCACAUAGUUUUUUGGAAGGAGUGAAAUACAAUCAAGACGUUCUCAAUCAAGAUUUGGCAUCAUUGAAAGAAAAGAUCAACGAUAUGCAAUAUGUUUCAUAUGAUGGAACAUUUAUAUGGAAGAUUACAAACUUUCAAGAGAAAAUGAUUGAUGCACAAUCUGAACGACAAACAUCCAUCUAUUCUCCACCCUUUUAUUCAUCACCUAUUGGAUAUAAAAUGCGGGCACGUUUGUAUCUCAAUGGGGAUGGCAAUGCUCGUCGUACACAUAUGUCACUUUUUUUUGUGUUGAUGCGAGGUUUAAACGAUCCCAUUCUCAAAUUCCCAUUCAACUACAAAGUCACAUUUUGUUUAUAUGACCAAACUCCAGCACAACGACAUAUCAUUGAUUCAUUUCGACCAGACAUUAGAUCGAAUAGUUUUCAACGACCAAGAUCAGAUAUGAAUAUUGCAAGUGGUAUACCAAAGUUUUUUCCAUUGGCAAUGAUUGAACAAGAAGGCAAUCCAUAUGUUAGAGAUGACACCAUGUUCAUCAAAAUUCUAGUUGAUUUUGGUGAUAUGCCCAAAACACUGCUACCUGAUGAAGCAACAUUUCUAACUGUACUAGCAACUGAACAAUUUUUCAAUAGUUUAUGUGAAGACUUAGAUGAUGCAUCAAAAGCAAUGGCGAAAAUCAGAAAAUUUUAA